ACAAAAUCGAUACAAAUAACCUUCGAUAAAUACCACAAAUGCUGCAUUUGCCCAUUAUUUAUUGAAUCAUAAAGUGAACAUGGAUUUCAACGUGAAGAAGAUCGUUAAGGAUGCGGGAGCCGCGAUAAGCAGGGUGGUGCAGUACACGGAAGAGAAGCUGGGGACGUCGGAGAAAACGGAACUGGACGCCCACUUCGAGAACCUGUGGGACAGGGCGGAGAACACGAAGAAUUUCACUGAAAAGAUCGUGCGAAAUGCCGAGGCGGUGCUCAUUCCCAAUCCCGGGAACCGCAUCGAGGAUUAUAUUUAUGAAAAGAUCGAGAAAAAGAGGCCUUCCAGGCUGAGCAACCUGGAGUACUUGGGUUUGGAUAUGAUAGAGGCGGGAAGUGUUUAUGGCCCUGGCACUGCCUAUGGUAGUGCCUUGAUCAAAGUAGGGCAAUGGGAACAAAAACUUGGGCAGAAUGAGAGGGAUUUUAUUGGAUCAGCUGGGAUGUGUUUCACACAGCCUCUCAGAAAAUUUUUGGAUACUGAAAUGAAGACAAUACUCAAAGAGAAAAAUCUGUUGGAAAUCAAAAGAUUGGAUCUGGAUUCAUGCAAGAAUAGGGUGAGGAAAGCUAGGGGCAUGUUGGGGCAACAAGCGAAGGAUGGAGUAUCUCCUGAAGUACUUCUAGAGCAGGCUGAAAGAGACUUGAGGAUUGCCCAAUCAGAAUUUGAUAGACAAACAGAGAUUACAAAAUUGCUGUUGGAAGGAGUCUCCAGCUCACACGCCCAACAUUUAAGGUGUUUGCACGAUUUCGUCGAGACCCAGGCCAGAUUUUACUCCCAGUGUACAACAAUCAUGACUGAACUGCAAAGGGAACUAGCCAGCCUGUCCGGCAUUCCAAACACCCAACAAAACUCAAUACACAGCGAAGACUCGUCGCCGGAAAAUCAAAUCGAUACGAACAGAGCGAGAGUACUUUAUGAUUACGAGGCCAAGGAUUCGACUGAGCUCAACUUAAGCGCAAACGAGGUAAUACUGGUGAGAGAAAUCAACGACGAGGAUUAUUUAUUGGGCAUUAGAGGGAAUGAAAAGGGCAGAGUGCCUAAAGCCUUUCUGGAAACCAUUUCUUAAUUCACCGUGGUUUUAUUGUGUUGUCGGAAAGGUCAAAACGAAAAGUGUCAUUCCUCCUGUUGUAUCUUUAAAAUACGUUUUACGUUGAAUUAUUGUUACCAAAAUAUAUUAAAUUAGAAUAUUUAUUUUUUUAUCUCAAAUUAUUAAUUAUUUAAAUAUUGUCAUUCCUUAUAAAAAGACAUUGAUUUAGUUAUAGGUUUAAUAUUGUACUGCUUUAGUUAUAGUUUUACAUACUCAAAUUAAAUGUCUAUUGGAUAUUGAUAUGAAAUUUCGUGCAUUACUCAUAUUGAAUGCAAUAAUCUUAGUCAAUAAUUUGGUGCAAUUGAAAAUUCGUCUAUUAUCAGGCUUUAAGAGAAUCAAUACCUAAUAUUUAUCCCUUCAAAUGUGUUAUUAGUGUAGUUGUUUAUUAAAUUGUUAGUCAAGCUCUUGUUGAAUGUUAUUACUAAAUAAAAUAUUGUACAUUUUAAA